AUGAGUAUUUUAUCUAAAAUUAAAGAAUAUAAAGCAGUAGUUGUUUGUGGUGCAAGCAUUGUAAUUGGACAAAUAGUAAAUCAAAUAUUGUUACCAAAUCAAAUAAAGUUUGAUAUCAUUGACAAUUCAAUAAUAGGUUAUGGAAUAUAUGUUUUUGCAAGAGAUAUGAUUAUUUUCUUUAAAGAAAAAUCAAAAUUAAUAAAUAAUUAUGAUGAUAUGCUAUCGAUGGAAGAAGCAAACUCCAUGAUGACAUCUUUGUUAAAUACCACCUCUAAAAAGACGAUGGCACUGUUCAACCGAGAUGACAAUAAAGAAUUUCAAAACUUUAUGAAGCUAUUGGAUUGCUGUGAAUCAUUUAGAAAGAAUUUCCAAUCGGAAACUAUUUACAAUUCUCUACUGGAGAUAGUCGUACGAUUGGAUGAAGAUAUCAAAGUUCGAUCACUUGCAAUAGAACCAACCUAUGUUCCACUCUACUCUAUCUACGAUGACGAAGAAGACAAUAAAUCCGAAAAACAUUACAAGUUUUUAAAUGAAAAGUUGGAAAUACUAUUAAGAUAUAGAGAUAAUAUUGCAUUCAUAUUAUCAUCUUUAUCAAAGAAUUAUAAAGAUGCUCCAUAUUCUAUUGUUAGAAAUAUAGUUACAAUGUCUUUGAAUCCUUUGAAUACUUAUGGAUUAAGAAGAUAUGCAACUAAAUUACUGGGAAAUCUUGCCAAUCAUAGAAAAGAGAAUUGUCGUAGCAUUGUUAAAGCCAAUGGAUUAAUGGUUCUCUAUUACUACAAGAUAUCUCUUUACAACUGUAGAAAGAGAGAAACCGACACUAUUAAGUAUAUUUUAGAUAACAUUGGUUUUUCAUCCUAUCAAGAAUACACUAGAAACCUCCAAGCAAAAGAUGCCAAAAUAGUACAAGAACUAUUUGAAAGUCACAAAGCCAUUACCUUAGCUUCAAAUGCUUGUGUGAUUCCCGAUUUCUUUUUAAAUCUUUAUCUUUCAAAUGAUAUUAAAACAGCAUUGAUUACAAGUGGAUAUAUGGUUAUGAAUGUUAAUAUCAGAGAAAAGGCAAAGAUACCAUUGGUUUCUUUGGCACUUACUUUGGGAAUGGUUUCGAUCGUUCAAGAUGAUUUCAAAAAUGAAUUAGGACCAUCUCGAUACGAUAGGUUAAUCCCUUCUGCAGAGCUCAUUGAAAAAGCAAAGCAAUACAAAACUAUGUUGGAGGAAUUUGAAAAUGAUAACAAUUAA